AUGUCUCAGCCUGCCAGCGCAGUUCCAAAACAUAUGAAUACUCGAGCUAAAAAUGCAACUCAGCAUCCAGGAUAUAUCCUGACUGGAGGCGAAGGUCACAUAAAGAGACAUACCAAAGCUCAAAAGGCCACUGACGACCAGCGUGAAAAGGAGGAAAAGGAGGCAAGUGAAAUGGCUGUACAAGAAGGAUAUAAGCGUGUUGCUGUAUUUCAGAAAAAAAUGCAGACAGACCAGGCAGCUACCCAUGCUGAUGGGCCGAAGCCUACUCGUCCCCGCCCACGCCCACGCCCCGUCAAAAAGGCUGUGAAAGAUGUGGAGACCUCCAACUUGACUAUGGCUGAGGAUAAGGCCGUGGGCGCCAAUGGCAAGGGUGGUACGGUUGGAGGUAACUUAGCAGCUAGUGCUAAUGUCGAACAUCCUGAGAGUGAUGCAGAGGAGGAGGAAGAGAAACAGGUGCCAGUGGCACGCCACAAGAAGGGGAAGAAAGUGUUACCAGUGAAGACGCCAGUGAGAGAUGCGAUUGAAGCAGCAGAUGCUGACAUCCUUAUCGAAUUAACGGUGGCACGUGAUGGUGAUAAGAAGCUCAAUGAUGUUUCUGCACCAGGUCUUGACAAUUUCAGUGUUGCUGCCAUGCAUAUCCCAAGUUGGAUAUCGAGAAUUCCUGCUGAUUGUUCAAAGUCACCCUCCAACUUGAAAAUCAGACCAUUCCCGUUGCCUUCUGACUUCUCUGGUAUCACUUCCUCCUCUAAGCUCACUAGGGGGAGUACCAUCAGUAGCGGUGGUGCCCUACUUACGCCCAUCAACACUAUCACCAAUUCUGGGGCUGAUAAUGUGGCAGAUCGUUUUACAACCCUGUUCACAGACAACGAUUUGGCCAAAUCAGUCGAGCAUUCUCAAGCCCUUACUCGUAUGUCAAAACCCAAGGCUGCUCAGGGUGUCAAGAUUUCUCAUCAGGUCUCUGAUACUUCGGUUCAAAUGAACUUAGCUCAUCGCAAUGCUAACCCGACUCUCAAACAGCUCGACACGAUCCAGCCUGACGAUGAUUGCGAAAUGAAUGUUGAGGUGGCUCCCCCAGUAGUAACCCCCCUCGUUAACUACGCAUCCGACACUGAUAUGGAAUCUGAUCUCGAACCUCCUCCUUCUAUGCAGGUUCCCAAAGGAUAUUAUGAUGUCGACAUCUGCCAGGCUACAGCUCUCGCUCUUGCUCAAGCUCACACAUCCUACCCUACUACUCCGACUUCAAGCGUCAAGCGCAAACUCGCGGAUUUGGAGGAUGACAUAAUCGAGGACGACCUGCUCGAGGAUGACCUGCUCGAGGACAACCACAUUAAGGACCACUACAUCGAGGAUGAUCUCAUUGAGGACGAUCUCAUCAUUGAUGAUGACUCUAUGGCCGAUUGUGCCUUCGUGAUUGAGGAAGACUCAGCCUCAUCUGAAGUUGAAUUUACUAAUGUUGGUGUCAAACAUGGAGCUCGCGUAGCAAAGCGGGCAAAGUCUUCCGUCGCACACACCCAGAGUCUUUCCAGCAUCUCGAGUGCAACUUCUGGUGCUAUGAACCCUAUAGAGGUGGAGAUCCUCCCCCCUAAGUGGAGUGCCCUGUUCAUCCCUACUCUCAUUCUUGCUAUCGGAGAUCAAGAUGAAGUGUGGGGUCGUGUCGAGUCCGAGAAAACUCUCUGCGCUAUUAUGCAAGACACCUGGGAUGUGGUUUAUCAGGAUAUACCCCACAUAGUCACUACUGAUGGUCCUGUUAUGGCUUUAGCCAUCCAGCGGCUAUCAGAGUGGCGCAACGGCAUUGGCUCUACUGCCGUCUCGGACAAUGUCCGGACCGACCAAGACCGCAAAGAUUUUGCAAAUAACUUACUCUUCGAGCUAGGAUUCUUGUACGGGAGCAUCACACAGGACGGAAAAUAUAAGAAACCCUUUCAGUCUGAACUCCUUAUUCAAGUCCUCAUGGAACGUGCCCUCAAACUUAUUGGGCUCGAGAACACGCUCGUCAGUGAAUUGGCAGUCAACAGUAAAGGGAAGGCGGUCAAGGUCCCCCACAGUCUGAACAAAGCCUCGGGCAAGACUAGCAACGCUUGA